CUGUUGAGUGUAGUAACUGAGCCCCAGCAAUAUGACUGUCAAGUACAAAGUCCGGGUGACAACGGGGUACUACAUCGAUGCGGGGACCCUCGACUCAAUUUUCAUCACCUUGGUGGGCACCAAGGGAGAGAGCCCCAAAACUGUCCUGGACAACUGGGGCGUGGACUUCUAUCCUGGAGCGGUGAGUGAUUAUGAGGUCUCCUGCAAACACGACCUGGGAGACAUUAUACUCCUCCGUUUCCACAAAGAAUACCAACUCAAGCUCUUCGCCACGGACUGGUACUGCACUUUUAUCACCGUGACAUCCCCGAAAAAGGUGGUCUACAAGUUCCCUUGUUACCAGUGGAUGGAAGGGUGCCAGACUUUGGAGCUGAGGGAAGGGACAGCUAAAACCCCUGCCAUGGAUAUACUACCCUUACUCAAAGACUCCCGAAUUAAGGAGCUUCAGAAGAAGCAGUCUGAUUAUGGGUGGAAAAUAUAUGCCGACGGCGUUGUUCACUGUCUGAACGUCUCAUCCAUGUCAGAGCUACAAAAUGAAGACCAAUUUUCCUUCACCAAAGGGGUUCUUUUUGCUAAACGCGCUGUUAGCAAGAAUUUAGAGCUCAAGCUGAGAGGUUUUUCUGACAACCACGAAUCCUGGGAGGACCUGGAAGACAUCAAGAAGACUUUGUGGGUCGACAUAUCAGAUCUAUCAAAAUAUAUCACAACACACUGGAAAGACGAUGCCUUCUUUGGGUACCAGUUCCUGAAUGGACUGAAUCCGAGAAUGAUCCAGAGAUGCACCAAGAUCCCUCCAAACUUCCCUGUGACCAAUGCAAUGGUAGCCAAGUCCCUUGGAGAUGAUACUACGCUGGAGAAAGAGCUGGAGAAGGGCAACAUCUUCAUUGCAGACUAUAAGAUCCUGGAGGGGCUCCCAACCAAACUGAUCAAUGGAUGUCAGCAGUACAUCGCUGUGCCCUUGUGCUUGUUGCACCUCUCCAAACAGAUGCAUCUCAUGCCUUUGGCCAUUCAGCUCAGCCAGACCCCAGGCCCGGAGUCGCCCAUCUUCCUGCCCAGUGACCCUGAAUGGGACUGGAUCCUGGCCAAAACCUGGGUGCGCAAUUCCGACUUCUACGCCCAUCAGAUUGUCGCCCAUCUGCUGCGAACACACCUGUUGGCCGAAGUGUUCGCUCUCGCCGUCAUCCGCCAACUGCCCAUGUGCCACCCGCUCUAUAAGCUCCUGAUUCCUCAUAUGCGCUACACCUUUCACAUUAAUGUUGUGGCCCGGGAUAAUCUCAUUUCAAAAGGAGGGAUCUUAGAUGAGUACAUUGGUAUUGGUUAUGAAGGCUUGGUGGAACUGUUGAGAAGAGGAACCAAAGCUUUGACCUUCUCUUCGCUCUGCCUUCCGGAAGACCUGGAAGCUCGUGGGGUGUCCUCAUUGCCCCAUUUCUAUUACAAAGAGGAUGGCAUGAAGCUCUGGGAAGCUGUGGAGCGCUUUGUCUCUGGCAUCAUCGACUUGUAUUAUCCAACCGAUCGCUCUGUGCAGGAAGAUUGUGAGCUGCAGAAGUGGAUGGCGGAGGUCUUUGAGAAAGGCUUUCUGGCACAAGAGUCUUCUGGCCUCUCUUCCUCGUUCUCUUCUGUGAAGGAGCUGAAAAAGUUCAUGACUGCUGUGAUUUUUAUCUGUUCGUGUCAGCAUUCAGCUGUUAAUACUGGGCAGUUUGAGUUUGGCUUCUGGAUGCCCAACCUCCCUUUUACGAUGAGGAGGCCCCCUCCGACCACUAAGGGCACGGCGAACCUGGAGGACUACAAAGACACCAUCCCGGACAUCAGUACCACGUGCAAAGGGCAAAGCGUGCUUUGGACCAUCAGCAACCCAUCGGGAGACGUGGUCCCCCUGGGCAAUUAUCCGGAGGAGCAUUUCACAGAAGAGUCACCCAGAAGACUCAUUGCUGCCUUCCAAGAGGAACUGAAGAAGAUUUCCAAGGAAAUCGAGGAGAGGAACAAGUCCGUGGCCAAGAUGGGGGGACCGGUCCCUUUUGGCUACAAGUAUCUCUACCCUCCAGAGAUCGAAAACAGCGUCACUGUCUAA